CCCANCAGCCGCUCCGCGGACCCCGCGCAGCCCCGCAGAGACGCGCGUGUCGCCCGCACGGCGCCUGCACCCGGUCGUCCCCGCCGCGGGCGCACCCGGACCCUGCACAGCCGCCGCGGACACGGACGCACACGGCCGCAGUCAGGGUCCCAACCGCCCACCCGACUGCACCCCUCUCUGGCCAUCAGGGCUGCCCCACCCCAGCGGCGCCAGUGGGAGUCUGAGGGGUCUCCGGGGAAGCUCUCUGGGCGGGGCCAGUGGGACUGGGGGCACCGAGUGGAGCAGGUGCGUCCCUUUCAUGUCCCUAGGCUCUCGUUAUCGGCAGGCAGUGCAGGCCGCACCUGAGGCCGGACAGUCCCCCACCUUCCCCCUGCUCUCCACCGCGGAGCUUCUGUCUGGGCAGAGGGGAUUCCUAGAACACCCUCAUCCCCUGCCUUGGGGGCUGGGGUGUGUGUGUCUGCACCCCAGAGGUUCAGUCACCAGCACAGUGCUGGGGUCCCACCCACACAGUGAGGUGCAAUCCGGAGACACACACAGCCAUUACUCAGUGUUUUUAUUGACUGGGCUGUGUGAGUGUGGCGGGGGUGGGGUGGGGUCUCUGAAGGCUCUGGGGACCCAGACGAUCCGGAAGGCCCCUGUCCUUGGAGAGAAAAUGACACUGAUCCAAAACAGGACCAGGGUGGUGGAGUGCUGAGGGGGCUUCUUGAUGCCUGAACAAACCCCGGGGGUGGGAAGAUGGGGGUCAGCGAGGGCAGGGAACAGGGGUGAGCUGGAUCAAAGGCCUAGGUCUGCGUGGAGGAGGAGAUGGAACACGAGCCUGAGUCCGCCUUCUUCCUAGACCCUUCCCUUAGUGUCUUGGGACACACUCCCAGGAUAGUCAGACCCCUCACCCUGACUCCACAACCCCCUGCACCCCCAGUACUGGCACAGCCUGAGGGCACCACUCAUGAGAUGGAGCGGGUGGUCGUGAGCAUGCAGGACCCUGACCAGGGCGUGAAGAUGCUGAGCCAGCGACUGCUCACCACAGUCAUUCCCCACGCAGUGACUGGCAAUGACAUCAUGGAGUGGCUGAUCCACAAGUACUGCAUCUCAGAGGAGGAGGCCCUGCACCUGGGCACCCUCCUCCUACGGCAUGGCUACCUGUACCCGCUGCAGGACCCCGGCAGCCUCGUGCUCAGGCCAGAUGAAAUGCUCUACAGGUUCCAGACACCUUAUUUCUGGACGAGCACCCUGUGGCCAGCUGCUGAGCUCGACUAUGCCAUCUACUUGGCCAAGAAGAACAUCCGAAAGCACGGGGCCCUUGUCGACCACGAGAAGGAACGUUAUGAUCAGCUGCACAGGAAGAUCAACCACAUGUGGGACCUGGUGGUGAUGCAGGCAAGAGAACAGCUGCGGGCAGCUAAGCAGCGCAGGAAGGGGGACAGGCUGGUCAUUGCAUGCCAGGAGCGGAUGUACUGGAUGGUGAACAGGCCCCCGCCUGGGGUCCCUAACGUGCUGGAGCAGGGUCCGGAGCGGGGCUCUAGCACUGCCAGGCGAAUGCAGAUGACCAAGAAUACGGAUUUCUACAAGCGAGAGAUCGAGUGCUGCAGAAAGGCGCUGGGCAGGACCCGGGUGAAGUCGUCCGUCAGCCUCGAGGCGUACCUGAAGUUCAGCAGCCAGUACAGGCCACAUGACCCCAUCAUGUCGGGGUGCCUGCCCAGCAACCCCUGGAUCACAGACGACGACACCUACUGGGCCAUGAAUGCACCCAGGGUGGCUGUGCCCACAAAGCUCCGUGUAGAACGCUGGGGUUUCAGCUUCCAGGAGCUCUUAGAAGACCCCAUGGGACGGGCCCAUUUCAUGGACUUUCUCAGGAAAGAGUUCAGUGGUGAGAUGCCUUUUCCCCCACCCCAGUUCGAGGCCCCCGUAAGGGAGACUGUUGCCUGGGGACCCCCCUCCCAGGUUUCAAACAGCCCUAGCCACAGCUCAGGUGGGCCUAACCUGGUGCCUGGCCCCCCAGCUGAGAACCUCAGCUUCUGGGAGGCAUGUGAAGAGCUGCGCCACGGAGGGCAGGCCCACGUCCCCGUCCUGGCGGAUGCCGUGUACCAGCAGUUCCUGGCCCCUGGCGCUGCCCACUGGGUCAACAUUGACAGUCAGACGAUGGAGCGGACCUUGGAGGGCCUGAGACGGCCCCACCGCUACAUGUUGGAAGCUGCCCAGCUGCACAUCUACAUGCUGAUGAAGAAGGACUCUUACCCGAGGUUCCUGAAGUCGGACAUGUACAAAAGCUUGCUGGAGGAAGCCGUGAUCCCCCUGGAGGUGAAGAGAUGUGUGUUCCCGUUCAUGCGGAAGCCACGGCAUUCGAGCCCCAGCCCUGCUUUCCUUCCUGCCGCUGCCUCUGAGGAUCCUGCAACUGCUGCUGGGGAGGCCUAGCUGGGCCUGAGCCUGGAGGGAGAGGUGGUAUCCUCUCCUCCUUCCUCCCACCCGGGGGCCUGGCAGCUGCUGAAACCUCCAGCAUGAGCGUCCCCUUGUGCACAGAGGGUUUUGUCUUUCUGUGGGGCACAAGAGUCUCAGGCUUUGCAGAAGGGACUGGUCCAGGGGCUGACUCCCAGGGAGGAGGUGUCAUUGGCUGAGCUUGGGUCACCUGGAGAAAGGUGGGAUGAGAUGGGCAAACCAGACCGAAGCCAUGCUCCUGGCAACCUGUGGUCUUCAGUUUGGCGCUGGGGGCCCACUCCCAUCUCCAGAACCAUUAAUUCAGCUCGCGAGUACCUGGGAGCAAGAUGCACAGACAGGUGAUGUCCAGCAGGUGGCACCUGUCCUGUGGUGAGGACAUGCAGGCUUCAGGGGGAAUUUACCCACUCCACUUUGCCCAGUAUGACCCUGGUGAGGACUCACAGAGCUCUCUGAAUUUGGCUGAGGCUGUGCUCAGCCUUCCACCGAGUCCAGAGGCGUCCCCACAGGUGCCACCCUGACCUUCACUGUCACGGCACAUGUCCCAGACCUUGUCCUAAAGAUGCACCUCCACCUGGUCCUGAGGCUGUGGCUUCUCUGCCAGUGUUGCACAGUGAUGGCCUCGAUGUCACCACCCUUCUCACCACCCGUCCCGGUUCACAGCCCUGCCUGGGUAGGUGCAGCCUUUGGGGAGAGCAGUGACAAUGGUUGGAGGCCCCACUGUCCCCCAGACUCAGGGUGAAGGGAGCGUAGCUCGGACUGGAUCAGCUGGGGCAGUGUCCCCCUACCCCCAGCCCCCAGGCUAGCUUGCUCUUGUCCACUCCUGCCUACUCCUGGCACAGAAAUAAAAGAUUGUCAGGUUGUUGGCCCUCACUCUGAGCCUAUGCUGACAUGGUCCAAA